AUGGCGCCCCCUCGCAAAGCUCUCAUUGCCAUCACUUCCGCCCAUGCUCCUCUAUACCCCGAGGGCAAGGAGACUGGUUUGUUUAUCACCGAAGCUUUGCAUCCGUUCCUUGUUUUCAAGGAUGCAGGUUUUGAUGUCGAUUUGGUGUCAGAGACUGGAACUUACCAGGCCGACUGGCUCUCGCAGCAAAAAGAUUGGCUAAAGGAUGAAGACAAGGCCAUUUGGGAGGACAGCUCUAGCGAGUUUCGUUUGAAGCUUGACAAUCUCUUGAAGCCGAGUGACAUCAAUCCCAACAACUAUGGCCUUUUCUUUGCUUCGGCUGGUCAUGCUUCCUUGAUCGAUUAUCCCGAUGCCAAGGGUCUACAGAGCAUUGCAUCUAAGAUGAACACUGAUGGUGCUGUCAUCUCUGCUGUCUGUCAUGGCGGAGCAAUCUUCCCAGGAAUCAUUGAUCCUAGUACAGGAAAGUCGAUCAUCGCCAAUCGGAAAGUGACUGGCUUUACUACCAAGGGUGAAGAAGAAGAAGGGGUUCUCGACACCAUCAAAAGCUGGAACCGCCCUACCAUUGAGGCCUCCGCCGCAGACUCUGGAGCCACGUAUAUCUCCCCUCCUGGUCCCUGGGACGCUUUCACCAUCACUGAUGGGCGCAUUGUGACCGGUGCCAACCCUGCGAGCGCGCAUGUGACGGCUGAAGCCGCGGUUAAGGCAUUCAACACUCUCUAA